GUCCAGGGGAGGGGGUGGUGGACCACCUCCCCGAAGGGAAAGAAGGAGGUUGGAGGAGGAAACUCUCUAAACCACCUACGCCCUAAAGGGCUGGUGGGAUUCUUGUCAGAACGCACUCUAGGAGAGGAGCCAGCAGUAUCGGUCCCCUGCCCCCCCACCCCCCAGAUGCGGGACUUUUGCGGAGUGGGCGCAUCCGCGGCGCCUGGCUUACGCGUACUCUGGCAAGUCGCCCUUCUCCCUGGAGGCGAUGGAGCAGGCCGGGCGCCUCGCGCUGGCGGACGCGGCGCCGGAGUUGGGCGACGCGUACCGCGAGCCUUGCGUCGUGAUGGCCCCCCUGGUCCGCGGCGCGCGCGCGGGCCCGGCGGCGCACUUCGCGGGCCUGUGGGCGGGCUGCGCGGCGGCGAGGGUGCUCUGCGCGGACCCCGACGCCGCGGGCGCCUUCGCGGCGCCGCCGGGCGCGGGGCGGCCCGCGCUGCUCGCCCUCGGGCCGCGCGCCCUCGCGCGCCUGCUCGGCCCGGAUCCCGCCGCCGUGGCCCUCGCCCCGGCCGACCUCGCUGGGCUGCCCGCCGGCGCCGCGGGCGCCGCCGUGGGGCUCGUGCGGGCAGAGUUCCGCGAGGUGCCCCUGGACCUGCGGCGCCCGCGGGUGCCCUGCUGGCUCCCCUGCGCGGCGCUGGCGAGCGCGGAGUCGCGCGCCGCAGCCUCGCGCGCGGGCGCCUGCCGCCUGCGGGGCACAGUGGUGGGCGCGAAGCGGCCGCGCCUGUCGCCCUCGGAGGGCGCCGCCGGCGGCGGCGGGCCGCCGCCGCCCCUCGUGGGCGAGGCCUCCGCCAAGGAUCGGAGCAGGGCCAGUGGAGGCAACGGCAGCUCAAAAUCCGCCGUCGCCGUCGUCGUCGUAGGUCGUCGUCGCCGUCGUCGUCGCGGCCGCCGCCGUGGCGACGCGGGAGCCCCCCAGGGUCCGACUGCACCCAGCCGUGGCGACGCGGGUGCCCCAGCCGUGGUGACGCGGCCAGGGGCCCCCCGAAGGACAGCUGCCGCUGUCCCCACUUGCCCAGCCCCUCAAGAGGACCUCGUCGCCGCGCUGGCGGCCCUGGGCCACCGCGACGCGCGCGCGGCGGGCGGCGGGCAGGGCGGCGGUGCCCUGGUAGACGUGCCCUCGCUGGCAGCGCGCGUGGUGCUUGGCGUGCCCGCGGCUCCAGGCGGCGCCGCCUGCCUGGAGACGGUGGUGGAGGCGCCGUCCGCGCGCGCCCGCGCGAUCCUGACCGAGGCGCUCGAGGGCUUGCUGGCGGUGCGGUGACAGGUGCACCAGGUUCGGAGGGGGGCGAGCCGAGGCAGCGGCGUGUGGCUGGCAUGCGGGAGGUCCCCUCGCCGCCACGGCGGAGCGCAGCUCGGACAGCUGCUCCCAGGGCCGACUUUGCGCUGCCGUCGUCUCGGCUCGCCCUGCUGCACCGGCCUGCGGCGGCAGAAGGGCUCCCGGGCAGCUGCCAGAGGGCUGCCGAUGGGGAGAGCGCCGCCUGAGGGCGGCGAAAAGCAUUCGGGCGGGCAGCGGAG